AUAUAUUUUAUAAUAAUAUCAAUAUUUAUUUUAAAUGUAAACAGUACGCAUAUACAAGGGGCAUUUCGUACAACAGAUUUCUUUAGUUUUCUAAUAAAAUUUGGUUUCCAAAAAACAGAUAAACAUCAUCCAAAAGAAACGCAUGGAUAUAUAUUUGGAAAUAUUACAUCGAAACAUAAUUUUACUGUUCCUAUAACAUUUGCUGUGCUUGAUCGUAAUCAUUUUUUAGAAUAUUAUGGCAAUCGUAGUGUAUAUGAUAAAUCGAAAGCUUGUAAAUUAAUGUUUAAUAAAUUAAAUCAAACAGCGUAUAAUUCAAAGUGUAAUCCAACGGGAUUAGGAGAUUUUUUACGACAAAUACCAUGUCCAAAAAAUCAAUUGUGUGCAGAUGAAGAUUCACCUAGUAAUGUUAUUAAAAAUUAUCAAUUUACUUACCAUAUUGAAAAUAGUAAGCAACCUAAGUUUUGGUAUGUUACAAUGGUAGCAUGUUAUCAAAAUUCAACAACAUGUAAAUGGGAACAUUAUGAGGAAUUCGAUAAAGAGGGAAAUAUUAUAUCACGUGAAAUUCAAUAUGAUUUUUGGCUUGUAAAUGGUAAUCCAAAUCAAUCAACAUAUAAUCCACUUGUAUAUCAGUUCUCAUUUGAUCGUCAGAAUACAUUAGAGUUGUAUUUAUUAUUUUGGUUAUGUUAUGAUUUACUAGUUCCGUUACAAUUACAUGCAGCUCGUUUACAAAAACAUCCGGUCACCAAACUUUUUACAACUAGUUUAAUAUUAGAUUUUAUUGCCUUAUGUUUAAUAUUAGUGCAUACAUUAAAGUUUGCAAUUGAUGGUGUGGGAUAUCCAAAUGUCGCUUUGGCUGGUGAUAUUUUUGAUAUAUUUUCUAGAACUACUUUUAUGCUGUUAUUGCUUUUGUUAGCGAAAGGUUGGGCAGUAACACGAAUGGAAUUAUCAUGGAAACCCCUCGUUUUUGCAAUAUGGCUGUGCUAUGGUGUUGUACAUAUAUUACUAUAUGUAUGGAAUUUAACGGAAGUUGAUAUUAUCGAAGAUAUCGAUGAAUAUCAAACAUGGCCGGGCUGGUUAAUAAUUGUGUUUCGUACAUUAAUUAUGUUGUGGUUUUUAUAUGAACUUCGAAUUACAAUGUUAUACGAACAUAAUUCACAAAAAUUAAAUUUCCUAUUGCAUUUUGGUGCAAGUAGUCUUGUAUGGUUCAUAUAUUUGCCAAUAAUUGCAUUAAUUGCAUUACAAGUGUCAGCAUUAUGGCGAUAUAAACUUUUAGUUGGUAUUACAUAUUCAGCUGAUUGUAUAGCAUACUGUGUCAUGGCGCACUUAUUAUGGCCAACGCGUUCUGAACAAUAUUUCCUAUUGGCAGAACGUUCUUGCGCUGAAAUUGAUGAGCUGGAUGAAUUUAAUGAAGCGCCACAUGUGCUAAACAAUUCAACGCCACCAUAUAGUGCAUUGGCAACACCUCCAUCCUCACAAAGUGGUAGACGAUCACUUGAAAUAAAUGGUGAUUUAAAUGACGUCACAAAUGUCUACAUAGAUCGUGAUGAUAAAGCAUUAAUUACUUAA